AUGGACCUAUAUAAGACGCUCAAACGGCAGAUAUCCGGGAGUGUUGGAGAUGGCCAAUCCACAUCCGGCGCCAAAUAUGGAGGAGGAUCGGGAAAAACAUGGAUUCACCCGCCAGAUGUACUCUUAAACGGAAGAGUAGAAUAUACAGUCCGUAUGCUGGGCUCUCGUGAAGUGCCAAAAGCAAAAGGAACAGACACAAUUCGGGAUGCUAUCCAUGCCAUUCGAUUCCAGAGACAAGUGAAAGAGGGUGAAACUGGCCAUGCUCAACGUGAGAAAUUACAGCGGGUUGAUUUGCAGAUAAACGUCGAAGGCCUUAUCAUUGUUGAUUCCAAGACAAAAAUGGUACUCUAUCGCUAUCCACUACAGAGAAUUUCCUUUUGUGCUGAUGACAAGCAGGACAAACGCGUUUUCUCCUUCAUCGCAAAAGCCGAAGAUAGCAACCGACACGAUUGCUUUGUCUUCAUGGCCGAAAAAGUCGCCGAACAAAUCACUCUUACUGUCGGAGAAGCCUUUGAUUUGGCAUACAAGCGCUUCAUGGACAAAAAUCGGAUCAAUUUGGAGAACCAAAAGAGCGUUCUCUUGCUCAAAAAACGUAUUGUCGAUUUGGAAGAGGAAAACCAGGCACUGACUCGUUUGCUGGAGUCUUUUAAGAAGCAGAAUCAGGCGCUGAUGCAGUCUCCCGGAACUCCGAUCCGUUUCGACGCUCCUCCAGCUCUUCCUACUACCCCAAUGCCUCGUUCUCCACCCACCUUGCCAAGCAAGGAGAAAAAUGCUGCUGCUCCGGCUGUACCGCCAAAGCCUGCGAAUAUGGGGAACGAGUAUGGGCCGGCUCCAAAAGCCACGUUACCUGAUAAUGAGGUGAACUUCAUGGACCUACUUGAGUCGAGCUUUGUCGCGACCCCAGCUGUGCAGCCAGUAGCUGCUCCAGUUCCUGUAACGCCUCCAACGAGGUCAGAAUCGUCUCCACCUCCAUCCUUGGCCCCUCCACCACCAAUCGUCCCGAGACGAAAAGAUUUGCCUUCACUUCCACAACCAUCUACUUCAGCAGCUCCUCAGCCUGAGGUCGGCCGUCGUCUCGAUGCUCUAAAUUUCAAUAAAAUGGAGGACAUCUUUGACGAUAGUUUUGACCCUCGUGGAAUCGCUAAAAAGGAGGAGAAAAAGAAUGACGAUCCAUUCGGUGAUCAAUUCUUCAAUGAUUGUAUCGAAACGGCGACUAAAGCCGAGAAACAGACGGCUGCUGAUAUUGAGAAGAUGAUAUCGCAAGUUGACCAGCGUCUUGCGGAGAUGAACAGCGGAUUCGGGGAGGGCCAACUUGAAGUUGGUGAUACCGGUGAUGCUCUCCAGGAUAUCGACGCUGAGAGCGAAUACUCCGUUCCUGGACUGUUGUCGAAACGCACUAACGGUGAUGCCAGCAAA